AGUUUGGGAGCACCGCUGAGGAAAGGAAUGUGCAAAUGACAUGCUAAGCUUUUGUUGGCAUGCGUGCCGUUCGCUUUGUCAACCGCGGGAGAAAGGCCCAUGAACUCGUCCCGAUUUUUCCACAGCUCCAGCGGCCUAACUUUGACCUCCAGUACCGGCAUGGAGGGCUACGCUUUUGCAUGCAUGCAACUGCCAACGACGCUAUAAAUAGACAGCUCGUGUCACUCCCAGAUAAGCAAGCAAGCAAGCUACUGAGCUAGCAGCUAGUGGUCCUCGAUCUGGUGAUUAGUUGGGAAGAAAUCACCUGAUCAGUUAGUUACCUAGUUGCGGAGCAAGCAUGGCGGCUUCGUUCCGGACCUGGCAUUGCUUGGUCGCCUUGCUCAUGCUCGCUUCGGUGGCGCAGGGGCAGCUCUCGCCGUCGUUCUACGCGACGACCUGCCCGACGCUGGGUCUCAUCGUGCGCGCCACCAUGAUCAAGGCCCUCCUACUCGAGCGCCGGAUGGGCGCCUCCCUCGUCAGGCUCUUCUUCCACGACUGCUUCGUCCAGGGCUGCGACGCCUCGAUUCUCCUGGACGACGUCGGCAGCUUCGUCGGCGAGAAGGGCGCCGGCCCCAACGUCAACUCCGUCCGCGGCUACGAGGUCAUCGACCAGAUCAAGGCCAACGUCGAGCUCCUCUGCCCCGGCGUCGUCUCCUGCGCCGACAUCGUCGCCCUCGCCGCCCGAGACAGCACCUUCCUGCUCGGAGGGCCAACCUGGGCGGUGCCGCUCGGCCGGCGCGACUCGACGACGGCGAGCCAGAGCCUGGCGAACAGCGACCUCCCGUCGCCGGCCUCCGACCUCGCCACCCUCAUCACGGCGUUCGGCAACAAGGGCCUGAGCGCACGCGAUAUGACGGCGCUCUCCGGCGCGCACACCAUCGGCUUCUCGCAGUGCCAGAACUUCCGCGACCACAUCUACAACGACACCGACAUCAACCCGGCGUUCGCGGCGCUGCGCCGGCGCACCUGCCCCGCGGCGGCGGGCAGCGGCGACGGCAACCUGGCGCCGCUCGACGUGACGACGCAGCUGCUCUUCGACAACGCCUACUACGGGAACCUCCUCGUCAGGCGCGGCCUGCUGCACUCGGACCAGGAGCUUUUCAACGGCGGGUCGCAGGACGCGCUGGUGCAGCAGUACAGCGCCAACCCGGCCCUCUUCGCCGCCGACUUCGUCACCGCCAUGAUAAAGAUGGGAAGCAUCCGCCCGCUCACCGGGAGCGCCGGCCAGAUCAGGGCCAACUGCAGGGUGGUCAACAGCCGCUGAUUGCUGCGCCAGCGAACUAUUACGUGUACGAUUGAUGUGUCAGACAGUCAGUGUACAAGACACCCCCUUGGCCCCUUCAUAUGUUCUCCAACAGUACGAGUACUUUGUGGUAGAGAAGUAUGUGUGUCGCAGACUGGAAGUCGCUUGGUUGGCUUCAAAAGGUAGCCAACCAUGCAUGGGAGAAUAAGAACUUGAUCAAAAGUUCACCUCUGUAUGGCAUGGGGCCAAUGAUCCAGAAUGGGUGAGCCUCAAGCCUAUUAAAUACCAAGUCUGUUCAUGUCAAGUUGCCAAAGUAAUAGAUAUACAGAUUGAAGUUGGUUCGUA